AUGGACGUCGCUCGUACGUCCAUGAUCCAUGCGGCUGCUCCCCAUUUUCUGUGGCCGUUCGCGGUUCAGUACGCGGUGCAUCAGAUCAACCUUCAGCCCCGAGUCUCCUUGCCAGAGACCUCCCCCACCUUGCGGUGGACGGGGAAGGUUGGCGAUGCGUCUGCGUUUCGUGUCUGGGGAUCUCGGGCGUUUGUCCGCGACUUCUCUGCGGACAAGCUGUCCCCCCGUGCUGUUCCCUGCGUCUUCCUUGGUUUCCCCCCUGACGCGCCUGGUUGGCAGUUUUACCACCCCACCUCGCGCCGUGUUCUGUCCUCCCAGGACGUCACCUUUGACGAGUCGGUUCCCUACUACCGUCUCUUCCCCUACCGCACUGCGCCCCUCCCCCCGCCGCCGCUCUUCCUUGCGCCAGGACCCCCUCCGGUAGACCCUCUCCCCCCUCAGGGUCCUGCCCCGUCAGGUGUGUCCCAGGUAGACGCAGUCGAGCCUGUCGAGGUAGCUGUUCACUCUGGUGCUGCUAGGGGUGCUGAGCCUGCGGGUGCUGAGUCUGGGGGUGCUGAGCCUGGGGGUGCUGAGCCUGGGGGUGCGGAGCCUGGGGGUGCGGAGCCUGGGGGUGCUGAGCCUGGGGGUGCGGAGCCUGGGGGUGCUGAGCCUGGGGGUGCGGAGCCUGGGGGCGCUGAGCCUGGGGGUGCUUCGGGUACCUCGUCUCGGCGGGAGCUACCCUCUCCACAGGAGCUGCGCGAGUGGUUUGCCAGGCGCUGGAGUCGUGCUGCUGGAGCUGGUGGUGCUGCUGGUGCUGCUGACCCUGGGGUCGGAGCUGAAGGUGCUGGAGCCACUGGUCCUGGAGGUGCUCGUACUGGCGGUACUGGAGCUGCUGGGACUGGGGGUGCUUCUGGGGCUACUGGAGUUGGUCCUGCUGGAGGUGCUGCUGGUGCUGCUGGAGGUGCUGCUGGUGCUGCUGGAGCGUCCUCCUGA